GCCGGGUGAAGCAGGUCCUCGGUUGAUAAAGGGUUACGAGGCAUCGUACAGUAAGCUGAUCCGAGUGGGCGAGCCGCGACAUAUUUUUAAGGUUGUUCACUCUUUGAGAGUUUCAUCCUCGCCUACUUCGGCUCCAUCAGGGUCUCAGUGUGACGCUUGGGCGCAAUGGACUGACGGCUGUGAAGACGAACGAGUUAGCAGGAUGGUUGAACAUUGGUUAUGAUGGUGGAAUGGAGGACUUAGCAUUCAGUGGCCUACUGGAUUGCCCCGUGUGCUUCGAGAGGCUAAACGUGACCGCUAGAGUAUUGCCAUGCCAGCACACCUUCUGCAACCCAUGCCUCCUGCGUCUGGCCUGCCCUGGCACAGAGUUUCGCUGUCCUGAGUGUCGAACUCCUAUUGGAUGUGGAAUUGAAGAGUUACCAGCCAAUCUGCUCUUGGUUCGCCUAUUAGAAAGUAUCAAGAAAGUCUCUAAUGGAGCAUCGAGUUCUGGCCAGGUAUCACAGGACUCGCCAGACAAGAACAGCUCCAAGAAUCCAGAAUCUCAAGUCAAAAUGUUAUCAGAGGUCAGGAGGAGCCUGGGUGGGGUUCCUUGUGCCAGGGCCCUCUUUGACUACGGCGGCAAUGACCCUCGACACCUGAAGUUCAAACCCGGAGACAUCAUUCUGCUAAAGAGGCAAGUGGAUGAUAACUGGUUCCAUGGAGAAGUUAAUGGUGCAAGUGGACUUAUUCCUGCUAGCUACGUGCAGAUAAUCACCAAGCUGCCUCAGCCACCACCUCUAUGCAGAGCUCUUUACACCUUUGAAAUGAAGGAAAAGGAAGACGUAGACAAACACUGCCUCAUGUUUGCAAAGGAUGACAUUAUAACAGUGAUAAGACGUGUUGAUGAGAACUGGGCCGAAGGCAAGCUGGGGAAUAAAGUCGGAAUAUUUCCUCUACUCUUCACGGAGCCAAAUUCCACUGCGGCAAAGCUUCUGGGAAAGGGAAAAGCGCGCAGUCUGCCAGAGUCUCGGAGCGCCUUGAGGAAAUCCUCCCGCAGCGGGCUUUUUAACGGCGGCAAGAAGAGCUUAAGGCAGCCCUCCAUGACCAGCACUCUGAACCGGCUCAACCGACUUGCUCAGCCUCCUGGGAAUGAACGACAAGCCGUGGACAUCAGCUCUCCGGUGCUGAUUAGCUCCAGCAAUCCGGCGGUCACGACGCAGUUCGGCGACUGGACUGGCGAGGGGCCUCCGGCCGCAUCGUGUCAGGUUUCUAGAGCCUCUGUUGGAAAAACCCAGUCUCUGGACUUCUCUUCCUCGUGUUCUCCGCCUGCUAUGGCACAUCACAGCCUUUCCUGCCCAGUAGAAAAUAUCCCACUGAAAAAGCAGGUGUCCGUCAGUGUUUGUACUGUCUUGUACCCGUAUGUGCCCCAGCGGCCUGAAGAGCUGGAGCUUCAAAAAGGCGAGAUGAUUGGCAUUUAUGGGAAACACCAAGAGGGCUGGCUAAGGGGGCUGUCAUUACGUACAGGCAAAGGGGGAAUCCUGCCUGGAAAUUACGUCACUCCAGUCCUCAGAAGGUCCCCUUCUGUUGUGGAACCUUUGCCUGCUACACCACAGCUCGGAAAAAGAUCAUUAUCCGUCAGGCCGCAAACCCCUAUGACCACACUGGACAGAACCCAUACAGAAGGGACGACAAGGCCUGCUGUGCACCCACUCUCUGUUAGCAUGUCAGCCCCCUUGACAACAACAGGGGUGGCAAGAGUGAUGACGCAGCAGUCAGGAACCCUAGGAAGAGUCCCAGUGAGGCACGGCUUUACUACCCUUCAAAAAGGGUCUUCUGUUUAUGCGAACACCACACUCCGUCCAGCUACAUCUGCUAUGAUGCGAGCCCAGCUUUCGGACCCCACCCUUACUGUGCCUCGACCUUUAAAUGCUGCCUCAGCGCCUGUCACUACUCUAGUAUGGCAGAACUACCCGGGUAAUCUGACAAAGACAGGACAGAGAAUUCCUGGAAGAAUAUCCCCACCUAGUGGCAACAUAAUGCCAGUCGAGAAAAGAGAACCAGCUGGAAGUGAGCCUAUUGCCAAGUCACCUGUCACUCCUCAGUCUAUUCUUGUUAAGCCGGAUGCUACCAAAAAUUAUUUGGAAAAGCCCGUGAAGACAGUGCGCUUCCAGACCCACAGUACUCCUCAUGUAAAAAGAAACAAUUCAGAACCUUUACCACAUAGCCAUCAAAAGCCAUGGCUGGAGGAGACCAACACCGGAAUUGGGGUGCAGGAAGUUCAUGGCUAUCCGGGGUCAGUGGUAUGCCACAGCAGAGCACGCUCCUUCCCUGUGGCCACUGACAGCAAGAUGGCUCGGCACAAGAAGACCAACUCCCUGGACCUUUCUGCUUCAGAUGAACAACUUCAGAUCCCUCAGAACUUCUCCACUAAGAAGCUUUUCACAGGACUGCUCGUCCCUGGACGGUACAAGGCAGUUGCACCUCACGGAGCUCAAAGUGAGAUGGAACUUGAUCUCAAGGAGGGGGAUGUGCUUUUAGUGAAGAAGUCCUGGCAGGAUGGCUGGCUGCAGGGUACCAACGAGCAGACUGGAAAAAGUGGCCUGUUCCCAUACAGCUGCCUGACAUGUCUGGAAAUGCAGAGCUGACCAACUAACUCUGUCAGGAAAACAAAUUCUGCCAAAAGAAGUGUAUUAUAUUUAUCUGAAGCACAGGUCAGGUCAUGAAAAAGCACUGAGGUUUUGCCUCGCCUUAGUAUGGCUGGUUACUUUUGAAGCAGGUUAGAGGCCACUGAGGCUCACUGACCAUUUUAUAAAGUAAGAUGGCCCUUUUUUGUAAUUAAUGGUCAUGUGAGCUUGUUUCUUUUCAGGUAUCCGAGUAAGAAAAAUACUAAGGAAUCAUAAAAGAUACACUUUUCACGUUUUGUUGCUUAGCCACAGAUUUUUUUUCCCAGUUUUGACAGGGUUUUAUUCACCUUUAUGGCAAAUGCACUUUACUUUUGUAAUAUUGUAAAUAUAUAUUGAAGGUGCCUUGCACUGUAAUCAGGACUUGCUACUUUACUAUGUGCACAAUUCCCAAUUUCUUAUUUGUGUUUUUACUUUUUAAAAUCCCUUUUAUCCCCAUCCCAUACUCCUGUUCAUCACACAGGCAUAUUACAAGGCUUUUUCAAGAAAUUCAGCUUCUCGCCACAUGCAUAAAUACAAGAGUUAUACCAAAAGUAAUGAGCAUAUUAAUUUUACAAUUCAUUAAAGAUUUAUACAGGAAAUGACUACCUGUCAAUCAGAGCUACAUACUUUAGUUUAUUCCUUAACAAAGUCUCCAUCCCGAUUAACACAUGGUUGCCUCUGCCCUAGAAGAGUUGUGUAAUUUUUACUUUGUUGCUCAUGUUAAAGGCAUACGAGCACCAUGGGUCUGUAUUCCUGUCUAUAGGGUGCUUUACAGAAAGUCAUUGUUAGUACCUAGGCAGGUGUAUCCAUCUUAAAGGCUGUGCAUUGGUAUCCCCAAAGUUUAGCUGUUACACGUUGUCGAAACAGCACAUUGUUGGAAGCCAUUUCCUGGCACUGAAGUGUGAAUAUUUAAGUUGGGCAGGUGAUGCCAUUUUUCAUUCAGGUGUAUGACAACAUGAAAUGACAUUACGUGACAUCUAGUCAGGCUUGUCAACUGUAGUCACUGAUCAUGUCGCUAGAUACUGUCAGUUUACAUCACUGAAAAUCUCUAGGCAUAUCCAAUUUAGCAUGUAUGUCAUAACCUUCCAGCCCCUUUCUCUGACAGCCAAUAGUGUUUCACCUGAUGACGUUGGUGCUAUAGAAUGGGUUAACAGCUACAGUUCAGAUGCAAUCUCUGUCUUUUUGUCUUUCCUCCAUUCUGUUGUAGUAUGUAAAACAUGAGACAUUUGACAGAAGAGCUUCCCUGUGAGGUCCAAAACACCCACUUUCCCUAUUUGUUGCUGCAUUAUGUGCAUUGUAGUUCUGGAUGAGCAUUCAUUAGCUGUCAGCUGUCAUACAUGCAGAUCCCACCCAUACAACAAAAUCAAACACUUUUUCAGAGCAAGUCAAAGAAUAGUUGGGUUGAGUGGCUGGGUAUGUCAGACACACCACCAACUGCCUUCAACUUUCUUAAGAUUUUUAAAUGAAGACUACGACUAAAAAUCAUUGGAAAAGUUGUCUCAUGUGACAUGGCUGUUGCACAUGUUUCAGAAUUGUCGGGCACACUUUGUCAAUUCCCAUAUGCUCACUACUUUUGGUUUCACACUAAUAUUUUAGUAUUAAAUGUAAGCUUGCCAUCUGUCAUUUCUGUAAAUCUGCAGAAGUUUAUUACAAUCAAACUUUAAUGUGCUUUCUGUCAUAUACGUGAGCCAUAUUACUUCACACCCCAGUUUGUUAAUUUCUUCCUCAAUAUUUUUUUACCUUGCAAAGAUAAUAGAUGUAUAUACUGGUCUAAAACUGCAAAUCUGUUUAAUAAGUUGAAAUAGAGCGAAAAAAAAACAAUUUCUCUUUAUGCUAAACUUUCCUUAGGGUAACAUUUCCUGCAGAAGAUAAUUGGAUUAAACUCCAAAACUCCUGCCUUUAUAGCAUCUCCAUUAAGCACCCAUUGAGAUGCAUGCAAAUGAGAUGUGGCACUUUGUUCUAAAGGAAUCAAAAACUUUUCAAGGACAUAAAAGGCAAAAUGUUGAAAAUUACAAAAGGUUUAUGAAAACACAUUGGAAAUGAAGGCAAAAGGUCUUGUAAUGAGAAAAGCGCAGAAGCUCAAAUAAAACGCUUGCUGACCACGGCAGCUACAGGACAACAAAAAAAAAAAAAAAGAUUAAUGUGUGCUAAUCGAGUAUCUCAAGAAUUAAUUCCUCUGCAUAUAUGUUGGUCUAUUCUAAGCUGUUCUACCACUCAGUGUUUUUUAACCCCUCAUUCAGCACUUCCAGCAUGCCAAGGAGGAAAAACUUGUUAGAAAAUGAAAUUAUAUAGCACAGGCAUCUGGAGAAGUACAGCCACAUUCCAUUUGCAAAUCUCACAUGGAUGGUUAUUUUAGAGAUAGGAAUGAUCAUUCGGUUAUAUUGCAGUACUUUUUUUUUUGCACAUAACGUGAAAAUUUUGCACACAAAUGACCAAAUCUUAGGGGGGAAAUGGCUUUAGACACUGUGGGCAGUUUUAUUUUGUUAAACAGUAAACUGUGUUCCUGCCUCGGGUACUGCAGUACUUAAUGCUGCUGAUGACUAGGCCCAGAUCUUGGCCAGGUUGAUGUCUGUGUGAACUUUGCACAUUCUCCUCACGUCUGCCUCCCACAUCCUAAAAGCGUGCAGGCCUGGUUUACUCUCACCUCUAUAUUAGCCCACAACAAGUGAGGGUGCCUUGGCUUCAGGGAUCAUUCUUGCCUUGCACCCAUUGUUGGUGGGAUAGGUUGCAGUCCACUCCUACAGGAUAACUAGAUUAAAGGAUAGGUUUGGUAUUUUUCAAGAGAAACAUGCUGUAUGUUCAUUUCCCACAGACAACUGUAUUCUACAAUUAAGCACUUUAUAUAUAAAUUGAAUAAAUUGAACUAUUUAUAUAAAUUGAAAAAAAUACUGUAUCUUGCCCACACUGACGCUUUACUGUGGAGGCUAUGGGGCACAGAGGAAAAGCGUAAAAUUUUACGAAAUUCUCGAAGACGGUUGUCGAGUAUUCAUCCUCUCCCUUCCAUGUUUCCGACAUAUGUUUGUUAUAACAAAAAGCAUCAGGAAAUAAUCAUUUUAUCGAAUAUCUCUAGUGCUAUUUUUCUUGUGGCAAGGAUAAUUUUCUAUUCACUUGUGCAAAUUCUCACAUAAAUACAGAAGUAAACCGAAACAAAAUCAAUCACGUGAAAUUAAAAGUUUACAUGUUUUGGCCUUUCAGGAGGAAACUACGUCCUAGAGUGUUGAAAGGAUUUUGCACUGGAAGACUAAGUGCUGAGCUAUCGCACACAGCUGGUCUUUUAAAAUGGUUGAAUCAUAAUAUUGAUGUUUUCUUGUUUAAAAAUGACAUGUAUAGAUGAUUUUACAAUGUGUGUGCAAUCGCAAAAUGAGGAUCAAUACUUGACAACUGUCUUGGCUUUUGGUAAGCUUUUACACCUUUCCUCUGUGCACCCUUAGCGUCCAAUGUAAAGUGUUAGCGCAGGCAAGACAUUUUUUUAUAUUUAUAGAAAGUGCUUCAAUGUAGGACAAAAUUUUGUGUGUCAAGUGUAUAUACCAUGUUUGUGAAGAAAUAACUUCAACUUGAAAAAUACCAAACUUAUCCUUUAAGAAAGACUGGAAAUGGAUGGAUGUUGCUGCUUCACAGUGCUUGGACUGCAGUUUUGAAAUGUGGCUGGGAUGCCUUCUGUGUGAAGUUUUAGUUUUCUUGCAAUUAAUAUGUAGACAUGAUGUGUCUAAAUUCACCAUGUGCAUGUGUGUGUUGUGCAUUGAAUGGACAUCCUGUCCACUCCAGGUUCCUGCCAUGAGUCUCUCUAAUAGACUAUAGCCUGGAUAAAAAGGUUCAGGCAAAGUUAGAAGGUAAAAGAUGAUGUCGUUAACACAGGUACACAUUCACACAUGCGUUGGAUGUUCAACCACAGACAAUUAAGAGUCUUUGGUGUUGUUACUUUUUUCCUACCGUUUUUUCUACAUAUUAACAGUCUGUGAAGGAGAACACAGAGUUAUCAUUCUGCCCAGACUUUUGUUAGUGGCUCUUGUGAGUUGACUGUAUGUUUCCAGAAUAGUGCACUGCUGAAUAGCCUCUAAAAUUACUGCAUGCAGCAUUUUUAGGCAGAAUUUUAAUUUUCAUGCAUGUUAAGUAUCAGAAUCCUUAAUGUCUUCUUCUGCUCUUUAACAGUUGUAUUGAUAGUUUUUAUUUAGUCUCCUGUUACCAAUUCACAAUGAUGAGCAAAUGACAAAGCAACCAGCAGCUCCACAGCUAACUCAGUCACAUUGGGACUUGUAAGUAUUAAUCAUGAAAUGCUGUAGCAAUUCUAAAAGCCUUUUCUGACAGAAUCAGAUAGAGAAAUGAAAAGCUGACAUGUGUAAAUAUGCUUCAGUCGACAAAACAUUUAGAUUCAGACAAGGUAUAUCUACAAGAUUAAGUGCAAAAGGAAAUAAACAGCAUUUUGAGUAAAUAUUUGCUUCUGAUUAAGAAACUAGUUUGAAACAAAACACACAGCCACUUUGACCGACUGGUGCCAAGACAUAACUUCUGCACUAAGAACGCAAGCCACACUUGUGAUUUCAAAAAUAUUAGUAAGCUUCUGGGCAGGGGCAUUACAAAAAUCAGGUGCUUAUAACACAAUAACGAAGAAUUUGAAGACAAGGCCAUUAUACCAAGGUUUAAAAAGGCCAGUCAAUUCAAAAAAUGUUAAAAUGGUGCUACAUGUCUGUAUAUAGCAGUCUGUUAAGUCUUAUUUUCGAAAAUACUCAGUUUUCCAGUGUUUAGCUUCACAAAUUUUAUCAUAAACAAUACUCACUUCUGUUUCCCUCCCUCUAGGUGUAUAUUGAAUAUAAAAGAAAAAAAUAGUAAAGCAAAGUACAGGGGAAGAAUGAAGUUGGAAAAAUGAGAGCAGAGUCAUAGUAGACAGAAUCGGAAAGAUAUAGUGCAAAAGACAACUGACUCAAAGACUUGGAUGGACAUGGACUAAAUAAUAUGGAAUAGACUGGGCCAAAGUGGAAGAACAGAAUGGUAAUGUGAACAGUAGUGUUCAUUAUGUAGAAAUAAUAUACAUGUAUAUGAUAUGUCUGAUAAUAUGGUUGUUUUCCAUCGUCUAUCUAGUUAAGCAAGAAUAAUCCCUGACCUACUGCAACCCUGAAUUGGAUUAAGUAGGUUUGGAUUAUAAUAUAAUAUAAUAUUAACAUCAGGUAAUUCUAAACCUCU